AUGGACUAUUGCAAAGAUGUUCAGCAGAUGGUGCUGAUUAAAGAAGAAGCUCCUGAAGUACGGAUUCUUGGUGUGGACCAACAGGAUCCAGAGACCCUCAACAUAAAGGAGGAAGAGGAGGAACUGUGGACCAAUCAAGAGGGAGAGCAGUUUUGUGUGAAAAAAGAGACUGAUGACACUGGGUUUGCAUUCACUGCUGUUCCUUUGAAGAGUGAGGAAGAUGAAGAGAAACCUCUGUUUUUACAGCUUCAUCAGCACCAAGUAAAAGAGGACGAUCUUCCAACCAGCAGCACAGCUGACCAGAUGAAAGCAGCAACUGGUGGAGAGGACUGUGAAGGAACAGAGACUACCAGGAACCCAGAACUAAAUACUUAUGGAGAUGAUUGCAGCUCUUCAGAGACUGAAGUCAGUGAGGAUGAUGAAGGUGAUGAUGUGAAUGACUCUGACUCUCAGCUAAAAUACUUUUCAGACUCUGGGUCAGAACCUGAAGAUGGUGACAAAGACUGGAAGGAGAGCAGAGCUCCUGAGUCAGACGUAAACACCGUCAAGAAGUCUUGCAGCUUCACUGAGCAUGGGAAACAAUUUCACAAGAAAAGUCAGUCAAUGAUGUCUUCAAGUUGUUUGGUUGUCAAGGAAUGUUUUGAAGUGAAGAAAAGUGGAUGCUCAGUCGAGAAAAAAACGUCAAGACAGAACUCAUUUAGUUGUGAAGACUGUGGAAAAAGAUUUUACACAAAGAGUAAUCUAAAGACACACAUGAUAAUUCACACAGGACAGAAAGCAUUUGUUUGUGAUCUUUGUGGACAAAGGUUUGGAUAUAAAUCAACUUUAAACACACACAUGAUAGUUCACACAGGACAGAAACAGUUUAGUUGUGAAGACUGUGGAAAAAGAUUUAACAGAAAGAGUAAUUUAAAGACACACAUGAUAAUUCACACAGGGCAGAAAACAUUUGCUUGUGAUCUUUGUGGACAAAGAUUUGGACGUAAGUCAACUUUAAACGCGCACAUGAUAGUUCACACAGGACAGAAAAGGUUUAGUUGUGAAGACUGUGGAAAAAGAUUUACCACAAAGAGUCAUCUAAAGAAACACAUGAUAAUUCACACAGGGCAGAAAGUAUUUGUUUGUGAUCUUUGUGGACAAAGGUUUGGACAUAAGUCAACUUUAAACACACACAUGAGAGUUCACACUGGACAGAAACAGUUUAGUUGUGAAGACUGUGGAAAAAGAUUCAACACAAAGAGUCAUCUAAAGUCACACAUUAUAAUUCACACAGGACAGAAAGCAUUUUUUUGUGAUCUUUGUGGACAAAGGUUUGGAUAUAUGUCAACUUUAAACAGACACAUGAUAGUUCACACAGGACAGAAACGGUUUAGUUGUGAAGACUGUGGAAAAAGAUUUAACACAAAGAGUAAUCUAAGGGCACACAUGAUAAUUCACACAGGACAGAAAGCAUUUGUUUGUGAUCUUUGUGGACAAAGGUUUGGACAGAAGUCACAUUUAAACUCGCACAUGAUAGUUCACACAGGACAGAAAGCAUUUGUUUGUGAUCUUUGUGGACAACUGUUUGGACGGAAACUGUUUCUGUGA